CGCCGCCGCCGCCGCCCGCCCGCCGCCGCCAGGGCCCCCGCUGCCGCCCGGGCCCCGGCCGCCUCCCGCGCCCCCGCCGCCCCCGCCCGCGUGUGCGCCCCAGCCGGGACGCCGCCCCCGGCCGGGUCUCCACUUCUCGGCCGCACCUCCCAUGACAGCGCCCGCGCGAAGAUGGCUGCGAAGGGCGCGCACGGCUCCCACCUGAAGAUGGAGAGCGAGCUGGAGCGCUGCCGCGCGGAGGGCCACUGGGACCGCAUGCCCGAGCUGGUCCGGCAGCUGCAGACGCUGGUCAUGCCCGGCGGCGGAGGCAACCGGCGAACCAGCCCGAGCGCCGUGUUCACCUCUCUGGACACCGAUGACUUUGGGAAGUUGCUCCUGGCCGAGGCCCUCCUGGAGCAGUGUUUGAAGGAGAACCACGCCAAGAUAAAAGACUCCAUCCCUUUGCCUGAGAAGAAUGAGCCGAAGAUGAAUGAAGCCAGAAACCAUCUGAGUAGUAUCCUUAACCACGGGAGGCUGUCUCCACAGUACCUGUGUGAGGCCAUGCUGAUCCAGGGCAAGCUGCACUACGUGGAGGGCUCGUACCGAGAUGCCAUCAGCAUGUAUGCGCGGGCCGGGAUUGAUGACAUGUCCAUGGACAACAAGCCACUGUAUCAGAUGCGGCUGCUGGCAGAGGCCUUUGUCAUCAAAGGCCUCUCCCUGGAACGCCUGCCCAACUCCAUCGCUUCCCGCCACCGCCUGACUGAGAGGGAGGAGGAAGUGAUCACCUGCUUCGAGAGGGCCUCCUGGAUCGCUCAGGUGUUCCUGCAGGAGUUGGAGAAGAUCACAAAUAACACCACGGCACGGCACCUGAAAGGCUCUCAACCCGUCGACUAUGAGCUCACCUACUUCCUGGAAGCUGCCCUCCAGAGCGCUUACGUGACAAACCUGAAGAAGGGGAACAUCGUGAAAGGGAUGAGAGAGCUUCGGGAGGUCCUACGUACAGUGGAGACCAAAGCAACUCAGAACUUCAAAGUGAUGGCGGCCAAGCAUCUGGCAGGGGUCCUACUACACUCCUUGAGUGAGGAGUGCUACUGGAGCCCCCUGUCCCACCCACUGCCUGAGUUCAUGAGCAAGGAGGAGAACUCCUUCAUCACGCAGGCCCUGCGGAAACCUCACCUCUACGAAGGAGACAACCUCUACUGCCCGAAGGAUAAUAUAGAGGAAGCCCUUCUGCUGCUGCUCAUCAGUGAGUCCAUGGCUACUCGGGAUGUGGUGCUGAGCCGGGCACCGGAGCAGGAGGAGGACCGGGCGGUGAGCCUGCGGAAUGCUGCAGCCAUCUAUGACCUCCUGAGCAUCACGCUGGGCAGGAGGGGCCAGUACGUCAUGCUCUCUGAGUGCCUGGAGCGAGCCAUGAAGUUUGCGUUUGAAGAAUUUCACCUUUGGUACCAAGUGGCCCUCUCCAUGGUGGCUUGUGGGAAGUCGGCCUAUGCCGUGUCACUGCUGCGGGAGUGCAUGAAGCUUCGGCCCUCGGAUCCCACCGUGCCCCUGAUGGCUGUCAAGGUCUGCAUCGGGUCCCUGCACUGGCUGGAGGAGGCAGAGCGCUUUGCCAUGGUGGUGAUCGACCUCGGGGAGGAAGCCGGGGAGUUCCUUGCCAAGGGCUACCUGGCACUGGGCCUCACAUACAGCUUGCAGGCCACUGACGCGACUCUGAAAUCCAAGCAAGAUGAGUUGCACCGGAAAGCGUUGCAGACCCUGGAGAGAGCCCAGCAGCUGGCGCCCGGUGACCCCCAAGUCAUCCUCUAUGUCUCCCUGCAGCUGGCCCUCAUCCGCCAGAUCUCCAGCGCCAUGGAGCAGCUGCAGGAGGCCCUGAAAGUGUGCCGGGAUGAUGCCAACGCUCUCCACCUGCUGGCGCUCCUCUUCUCGGCCCAGAAGCAUUACCAGCAUGCCCUGGACGUGGUCAACAUGGCCAUCACGGAGUAUCCUGAGAACUUCAACCUGAUGUUCACCAAGGUGAAGCUGGAGCAGGUACUGAAAGGCCCGGAGGAAGCCCUCGUGACCUGCAGACAAAUGCUGCGGCUGUGGCAGACGCUGUACAGCUUCUCCCAGAUGGGAGGCCUGGAAAAGGAUGGGAGCCUCGGCGAGGGCGUCACCCUGAAGAAGCAGAGCGGCAUGCACCUGACUCUGCCCGAUGCCCAUGACGCAGACUCCGGCUCUCGGCGGGCAUCAUCCAUCGCAGCCUCCCGGCUGGAGGAGGCCAUGUCAGAGCUGACUGUGCCCAGCUCCGUCCUGAAGCAGGGCCCCAUGCAGCUGUGGACCACGCUGGAACAGAUCUGGCUCCAGGCUGCUGAGCUGUUCAUGGAGCAGCGACACCUCAAGGAAGCGGGUUUCUGCAUCCAGGAGGCGGCGGGCCUCUUCCCCACCUCGCACUCGGUACUCUACAUGCGGGGCCGGCUAGCCGAGAUGAAGGGCAGUUUGGAGGAGGCCAAGCAGCUGUACAAGGAGGCGCUCACGGUGAACCCCGAUGGCGUGCGCAUCAUGCAUAGCCUGGGUCUGAUGCUGAGUCGCCUGGGCCACAAGAGUCUGGCCCAGAAGGUGCUGCGGGACGCCGUGGAGAGGCAGAGCACCUGCCACGAGGCCUGGCAGGGCCUGGGCGAGGUGCUGCAGGCCCAGGGCCACAGCGAGGCUGCCGUCGACUGCUUCCUCACUGCCCUGGAGCUGGAGGCCAGCAGCCCGGUGCUGCCCUUCUCCAUCAUCCCCAGAGAGCUGUGACCUUGCACUGCAGGGGCAGGGUGGGAGGGAGCCGCCCUAGGGGGCCUGGGAGUGGGGGCGGACGCAGGCAGGCAGCAGGGAGGUGUGGGGCCUCAGGGAAAUACAUCUCUAGGGAACCCUUCUGCAGGCUGCAGCCCUAGUUCUCCUCGCCUCCCCGACUCCAGCCCUGCUUUACCUCCAGGGCCCGCUGGGUCUGGGAGCUGCUCAUCUGGAGCUGGGUGGACCAGAUUUGCAUCGAAAGCAAAUCCCUUGCUUCUUGGGACUCAGCCCUGGUGGCGUUUCUGAGUAAGGAAGUGGCUGGGAAGCCACACCAGUGUGGGAGCAUCUCCCCCAGAGUGUCCAUGCAUCAUCUCAAUGUGCAAUGAGGGUCUGAGUCUCCUAGGUACCACGCCCCACUGUCUAGAAGUUCCCAUGUUGUGCCUGCCGCCCUCCACAUCCCCGAUCCUGGAUUUCCCAGUGACUUUGCACUGGUGUUAGCCUCGGACUUCAGCUCCCUGUUCUCCAACACCACAAAGAUGAACCCCACAAACUGCUCUCUGUCUAGGUCAAGAGGGUUUUCCCCAGUUCCUAACUCAGUGCCUCGGGAGCCAGUCUGCUUGAACCCCAAGUGACUUAAAGUCUUGAUGACAAGACUUGUUCCCUGAGAGCGCGGGUGGGGGAGCCUCACAGCUGAACUUCACCUCUAUCUGUGCCUCUGUGCCCGGGAAGCUCCAGGGCCCUGGUCUCAGCCCCAGUGUCAGGACAGGGUUUUGGAUAACUCUCAGGUCUUGCCCCGGGCAGUCAGGGCUUGAAGAUUCUGCUGGUAGGUGGGAAAAGGAUAGGAUCUCUGGGUCCCUCUCCCAGGUUUGAGCUAUUGGAGGAUGCCCCUCUUUGCCUCAUGAGACCAAUUGGACCCCACUGCUCUUCCUCUCCGCUGCCAAGUGCCUUUGGGGCCUCUGGUGCCUGGCCAGGGGCACUGAGCACCAGCCCUAACUCCCCUCUCAUUUCUGCCAUGCUCAUCUUUCUGGAACUAUGCGCCAGCCCAAGCGGCCUCCUUAGGCCCGAGGCUGUAGACCCUAGGAUACAAACAUGGCAGCAGGACCUUGCAUCAACCUCAGACCUUGCAUCAACAUACUCCUUCAGGCCUUAUGUUUCUGGGCAAUGGGUACAAUGCAGGACCCUCUGGGGCUAAUAAUAUGCAGAUGGGCAGUCUCUGGGACUGACCCCAGUACCUCUCACCACCCACAGCCCAUUUCCACUACAGGCCAUUUGGUCCCACCCCCUUGCCUGAGGCCCAGUGGGGACUGUGGUUGGAGAUCAGUGGAGGGGACAGAGCAGAUCCCUGUCAGCAGGGGACCUGGGGCUGGUGGGUGGAUCUCUUCCCUGAUGGUUCCCCUAGCCCUGCUGCAUGAUGCUCUUGGAAUUCUCCCCAAGAAGUUAUUCCACCCCCACCCCCCAGUGGGGGGCCUUAUCAGGGAAUUCCUUUUUUAUCUGCACUUUGGGUUUUAGUUUUAAAGCUCCAUCUGGUACGUCUCUCUCAUCUUAAGGUGUGCAGAAAGACUGGAUGAGGGCUGCCUUGGCUCAUCAUUGCCCAGUCUGCUCCUCAGGGAGAAGGGGCUGUUGGAGACCCACCCUCCUCGGCCACACUGGCUCAGCACUGCGCACCCCCGGGUGCCUCCCAGAGAGGGCCUGCCCCCUCCUGGCCUUCCCCCAUCGCAAGGGACACUGCAGAUGACACCAGAUCCUUCACCGCUUGGUUGAAGGAUCUCUGCCUCGAUGUGUGUGUGUAUAAAUAGAGAUAUAUGAUAAAGAUCUAUUUUUAUUCUGAAAUUCUGUUAGAAAAAAACUAAACGAGAAAAGCAAAUGCUGUUGAUUUGCGUCGGGGUGCCCAAAGAUUGGUAGUCAGUUAUUUGUAAGAGGACAGGCACCGAACGCGUUCGGCUGGAGGAAGCCUCAGAGGGUUGGGCCAAGUUGUGGCCAGUUUGAAAUAAAGGCCUUGAAUAAAGAGACCCUUGGAAGGAA